AUGUCACCCAGUCCCGAAAUCGGCGCGUUCGUCUGCCCAUUUAUCGAGGAUUCCAAACACUACAAAAUGACGUCCGCUAUCGAGUCUGGCACGUUCAUCUACCUAUACAACCCUCAAAGACACCACACGAUGAUAUACGAUCCCGAAGUCGGCACGAUCGCCU